CUCUCUCUCUCUAAGGUCUCAAAAGUCUUCUCAAUCAAAAGCAAAAGCCCAAAUUCCAAUCUCGAUAGUUCUUCCAACUCUCUCACUUGUUCUCUUUCAAUUGCUUUGUUAAUUUCUCCCAAACUCUGAAUCAAAACCAACUACUUUCAAUUGGCUUCACAUGAUGAGAAGAUGAGCUGAUGAUGAAUGAGAAGAACAAGUAACUAGAAGGAAGAAGAAAGGUGGUUUGAUGAUAUUUCUUCAGCUCUUUCAGCUAAGUACUUGGUGGGUAAUUAUUUGCCCUAAAAUUUAGAACCCAUUCCCUUUUUUAUUUUCUGGUAACAAAACCCUUUCCCUUUUCAUUCUCAAAGAAAAAAGGAAACAGAUCGAAGAAGAAUAAGAAGAAGAAGAAGUCUCUCUCUCUCUCAAUUCUCAAAUUUGUUAAGAGAGAGAAAGCUUUAGCUGCUUGAGCUAAAAUUAAUUAGCUAGGUUUGAGAAGGAUAGAAGAAGAUAUGGAUCCAGUUGCAGCACAUGGUCGUCCGAUCCCACCUCCUUUUCUUUCAAGAGAUCUUCACUUACAUCCUCACCACCAAUUCCAACAACACCUCCACCCCCACCACCUCAACCACCAAAAUUCCGAGGACGAACAAAACAGCAGCGGAAUCAACCGCGGAAUCAAACGCGAUCGCGGCGGCGGAGACGAGAACUCCGCGGGUGGCACCACCUCUCUGGAGGGAAAAGAUCAACUGGGGUCCACCAGUGCCGGAGAGGCCGAGAUCACAAGACGGCCCCGCGGCCGUCCCGCCGGCUCCAAGAAUAAGGCCAAGCCCCCCAUCAUCAUAACCCGGGACAGCGCCAAUGCGCUGCGAUCCCACGUUAUGGAAGUAGCCAACGGCUGCGACAUCAUGGAAAGUAUCUCCACUUUCGCAAGGCGUAGACAAAGAGGGGUUUGCAUUCUCAGCGGCAGCGGAACCGUCACUAAUGUCACUUUAAGGCAGCCGGCCUCUCCUGGAGCCGUGGUCACUCUACACGGCAGGUUUGAAAUUCUGUCCCUUUCAGGGUCCUUCUUGCCGCCCCCUGCCCCGCCUGCCGCAUCAUGCUUGACCAUAUACCUGGCAGGCGGACAGGGCCAAGUCGUUGGCGGUGGUGUGGUGGGUCCACUCUUGGCCUCGGGGCCGGUUGUUAUCAUGGCCGCGUCCUUUGGGAAUGCGGCUUAUGAGAGGCUACCCCUGGAGGAAGAAGAGGAGCCCGCCGUGGCCGGGCAAGUACAAGGAAGCGGAGGGUCCCUCGGUUCACCAGGGAUUGGUGGGCAAGAACAUCAGCAGCAGUCACUUCAGCAGCAACAGCAGCAACAACAACAACAACAGCAACUACUGCAAGAUCCUAAUGCACCAUCGCUUUUUCAUGGGAUGCCACAAAGUCUGCUAAACCAAUUGCCUGCUGAUGCAUAUUGGGGCACGGCACGCCCUCCUUAUUGAUUGAGUAAUCAAUAGCAAGAAAAAAAGAAGCUCACUUGUGUUUUAAUUUUUGUCAAUCUUCAGAUGGAUGGAUCCCCCUUUUUACCUCUUCAAAUUAAACAGCUUUUGCUCAUUUUUCUUCUUUUAUAAAAUUUAGGUGGUGUUUAAUUAAAUAGUUAAUCAAAGAUGUUGAUUAGUUGAUCAUGGUAUUAAUUCAUCGUCAAUAGGUGUUUGGAUUGAGAAUUGGAUGUACAAAAACCAUGUAUUUUGGUGGGGGUUUGGUUUACUUUUACCAGUGGAAUAUUAGUUUCUUUCAGUUCACCGCAAGCGAUCGUAGCUGUAUAGCUUAGAGAUGAAGCAGCAGCAAAUAUGUUAUGAAAAAGGUUGGCAUUCUAGCUA